UUCAAGGCCAGCCUGAACUGCAUAGUGAGACUACCUCAAGGAAAAAAAAAUCCAUGUAAAGGACCACUUGACCGGGUGUUUUGCCUGAGAUUUACCAGGGGUCAAGGACUGGAGAGGGCCCCCGCCCAGGGUCCCCCAGCAGCACCCACAGCCCUGCAUCGGACCUCCCUGCCCAGUGGACAUCUCUGUGGGACGAGCUCCCUCCAGCCCCAGGAGCUGCCCGGCAUCCAGAUCGGGGACAGUGAGGACUGUGCCAAGCGCCUGGCGGGCAGAGGAGGCACACUGUCCCUGGAAGGACGUGAUGGAGCCUGUGGGAGGCAGGGGUGCAGGGAGAGAAGGGCUGGGAGUGUGACCUCUGAUGUCUGGACACUGAGGCUGUGGGGGAGGGCCGGGCACUGGCUCAGCAGGGUGCUGUUUCAGCAGUCCCAGGAGGCAGGAGACAGCUCCCAGUGUAGCAGGGCUCCCACACUCUGGCCCGACCCUAAUGCCUUGCCACGCUGUCCCCAGCGCCUGCCCCACCCCAGGAGCCCCGUCGCCUUGGUCUAGCACCCACACCGGCCCUGCAGUGUCACCAGGAGCUUCCAGCCAGGAAGGCAGAGGUGCCAUACCACAACCAUCCUUGGGCGCAGUGCCAACCACGCAGGUCCCAUGCGCUGGCCCGGCUGGGGUGGGAGCCCAGGGCUGGGAGCUUGGGGACCUUGAUGACGCUCAAGCUGGCUAGGGAAGGUGCUUCCAUGGCUGGGCCCUGCGUGGGUGAUGUCUAUCCCUGUACAUGGGGCACUGCUGAUGACUGCCCUCAAGUGUCCCCAGCGUGCCGUGAGGGAGGGACAGCACCAGGUGGGGGCGAGAGGGGGAGGCACCCAGCACAGGGAGCUACCACCCCUGCCCAGCUCAGCACAGGGUUCCAAGGCUCAGCCGCCAUUGGGACAGGCGGGGGGUUCAGGUAGAGGCGCUGAGUCCCAGGGGUGUCCAGGUGGGACCAGGGCAGGUGGGAGCCAUGCAGCACAGCCGUCUCAGCUCUGUUCCCAGCCAGUGUCCCCCUGAGCCCUUCCCUCCAGUCCCCGCUGGCUGGGGCUGGCCACCCACUCCGUGCUCUCAGGCGUGGGCAGCGGGCCCCAUGAGGUGCCCGGCCGGGCUGUCCACCGACUGCUCCCGGCCUGGAACAGGACGUUCUGUGUCAGGAGGGGCAGUGGGCAGGGUUCUGACUCCUCCCGGGGAAGGGGACAUGGAGGCCCAGGCCAGGCCCCUCCAGGCUGGGACUGGAGACCCCGGGCAGAUGGGCAGUUCUGGGGAGCUGUCCCAGGGCACCAGCCAGGUGGCCUCUCCACACGUUCCUCAGCCCCAGCCUGGAGAUGGGGCCCUGGUGCACCCCGUGGCUCUGGCUCUGCCUACACGGAGUCCUGCAGGCCCAGGCCUUGGUGCCGCUGCCAGUCCAACCCCCGCUGAGCCAGUUUCACAGUGAGCAGUUCCAGGGUGCUUGGUUCAUCCUCGGCCUGGCAGGCAACGCCUUUAAGAAGCAGGACCGCCCCUUGCUGAACCCUUAUACGGCGAUUUUCGAGCUGAAAAACAACACCCACUUUGAGGUGUUGAACUCCAUGAUACGGGGCAAGCACUGUGACACCUGGUCUUACCUGCUGAUGCCGACGCCCCAGCCUGCACGGUUCACCGUGGACCACGGAGGGCCCAGCAUCGACACGGAGCACGUCCAGGUGGUGGACACCAACUACACCAGCUUUGCCCUUAUGCUGUCCCACAGACAAGCACCUGGCCAGCCGGUCAUCAGGGUCAGCCUGCUGGGCAGGACCUGGACGCUGCCCCCUGGGACACCAGACAAGUUCAUCCGCCUGUCCAAAGCGCAGGGCCUCAUGGAGGACAACAUCGUGUUCCUGGUCACAGGCAGAGGCAGGGGUCGUGGGCAGUGGUCGUGGCAAACACAGUGCAGCUGCAUGACGGCGCCCCCGCAGCCGUAGGGGCUGAUGGCCGUGAGGGAGGGCACCACACCCCGCGGUCCGCACUGCGCCUGUUCCUGACACCUCCUCCCUCCAGGGUCCCCUGUGCAAUCGUUGUCCGCACACACAGGGCCCCCCAGCCCCUUGCUGAGCACCCCCUCCCCCACCACCGGCCCCAGCGUGAAUAAACGUUCCUCACCUGGACCUCAGGUGUUACCGCUGUGACUGAGAAGGACAAGGAGACCCACUGACCCCACAGGCCCACCACAGUCCCUCAAAGCUCCCUGCUGGUCCUUUAGUACCCAGGAUGGAGCCGCUGCCCACCCGGCCCUGCUGAGCUCACUCACUGUGCCACUCCAUGGAAUCCCCAGCUGCCAGGGCAGAGCUGCAGGGCAGGACAUCCCCUGCCCCUCUGGCUGGACCCUGACAAAACAGGUGGCCCUGACAAGACACAGAUGCCCCACUCUUGGAAGGGGAUGUGGGCGUGGCACUCGGGGCCCCAUGGAGAGCCAGAGGGGCAUAGCCACCAGCCAGACCCUCCUCCUGGCUCACAGCUACCACCCAGCUCCACAUGCCUGGAGUUUGCCCAGCCUAGCCCAGGUGCCAGCCUGGUGCCGGUCACCAUAGGUCACAGAGCGAGGGCACCAGAGGCACCCGCUAGGCUUCUCUCCCAGAGAAGCAGCUCCUGCUCAGGGCCUGGCCCCGUGUGGUCCCUGGCAGAGGGGUACAGGCACCACCUCCCACCUAACCCUGCACAGCCUGCACAGAGAGGCUCUGUACAGAUGGGGAAACUGAGGUCUGGAAGACUGGCUGCCACUUGGCAGGGUCUCCUCGCCCCUAUCUGCCACGCACAAAGCCUCGCCCCUGCUCCGGCUCCCUGAGGUCCAGCCGGGCCUGUGGUUUGCCCUCAGCCUGCCUAGGGCCCCAGCUGCGGGGCAGAUCAGACACCCUGGGCUGCCACCACCCUUGGCAAAGUCUGCAGAACCCAGCGCUGUCCCCAGCCCCCAGGGGUCCCUGGCUGGAGACCCCAGAG